AGUAAAACAGUAAAGAAGGAAGAUUAAUUUUGGAACUUAUACAAAUUUAUCUCGCUUCGACUCUAUUCAUUCCUCUACGAUCUACGCUUCUUCGCAAUCCUUUUUUUGCAUAUUUCUUAUCGAUUCGAUUCAGAAGAAGAAAUGGCAGAACUGAAGAAGAAGCAGGGCGGUUUUACCAAGGUCAACCAGCUUCGCCCUUUGGAUACUGGGGUUAGCCUCACUGUAAAAGUUGUGAGUUCAAAGCAGAUCGCCCAGAGAGGCAGGCCGCAGGGCCGUUUUGCCGAAUGUUUGGUGGGAGAUGAGACUGGAAUGGUUAUCUUCAGUGCCAGAAAUGAUCAAGUGGACUUGAUGCAAGAGGGCAAUACCAUUGUGGUUACAAAUGCAAAAGUCGACAUGUUCAAGGGAUCGAUGAGGCUUGCCGUGGAUCGCUUUGGGCGUGUUGAAAUCACAGAAGCUGCGAGUUUUUCUGUGCCAGAAGAUAUCAACAUGUCCUUGAUUGAAUUUGAGCGCAUAGAUGUUGUUGUGUGAUAAGACGAGGUUAGACGGCCUCCUCUUAUGGAGACUUGAGAGUUGAGAACCUCAUCGGAAUGUUUUGCUUGAGUAUUUUCACUCAAAUACUACUAGAAGUUUGUUUUGUUUUUUUUUUUUGAACUUUUACUUAAAACUUUUAUAGUGGGAGUUUAUUUCAAUUUUUGUAGACUGGCAUUUCACUGCCUUUUGCUGUUAAUGUUCAAUCUAUCUUGCUACCUUGUUCAA